GGCCCCUGCAACAAUUGCCUUCAUCUAGUAGAAAUUUACAUUUUUUCUCAAAUUCUUCCACACCCCUUCUCUCUCUCCUUUGGCCUCAUCCUAGACCCCAUAAGUAAAAAGAAUGAGAACCAUCUCUUCUCAUUCAACCUCUCUCAUUCCAUCUCUCCAAGUCUUGCAGCCAAUCUCUCAACCAUCUUCUCUGAUGGGGACCUCCAGAUAAACAAAAGGAUAAGCUUCCUUCACUCCUAGCAAUGGUGGAGGACUCCUCUCCCUCUCCUUUAAUAAUGUCCACUAAGAAGAAGCAGCUCCUUUCCUCGGCAAUGAAGCGCACCAGUGAAUGGAUUUUCUCUCAAGAGAUUCCGAGCGAUGUCACAGUUCAGGCAGGAGGGGCCACCUUCUCCUUGCACAAGUUCCCUCUGGUCUCAAAAUGUGGGUACAUGAGGAAGCUGGUCUCAGAAGCCAACGAUGCUGACCUAUCCAUGAUUGAGAUCCCAGAUAUUCCUGGAGGAGCCGAGGCUUUUGAGCUUGCUGCAAAGUUCUGUUAUGGUAUAAACUUCGAGAUAAGCACAGAGAAUGUAGCCAUGCUUCGAUGUGUGGCAGAGUAUCUGGAAAUGACUGAGGAUUAUACAACGGGGAACUUAGUAAAUAGAACCGAAGCUUAUGUCACUGAAGUGGCCCUUAAGAGUUUAUCAGGCGCUAUAACUGUACUCCACAGAUCAGAGUCUCUUCUCCCCAUGGCUGAAAAGGUUAAGCUAGUGAGCAGGUGCAUAGAUGCAGUUGCUUAUCUUACUUUUAAAGAGAGCCAAUUUAGCGGUUCAAGUAGGACUGAUAGUCAAGAGAGCAGUGGGAGCUCUUCGGUUUCUCACCCUAAGGCGAUUGUGGAUUGGUGGGCUGAUGACUUAACAGUUUUGAGGAUUGAUAUCUUUCAACGAGUUCUUAUUGCGUUGAAGGCCAGAGGUCUCAAAGAGUAUGCACUUGGGCCAAUCCUGAUGCUCUAUGCUCAGAAGUCCCUUCGAGGAUUGGAAAUUUUUGGCAGAGGAAGGAAGAAAAUUGAGCCCAAACAGGAGCAUGACAAGCGAGUCAUGUUGGAGACAAUAGUAAGCCUUCUCCCUGGAGAGAGAAAUGCCAUGUCCGUGAGCUUCUUGUCAAUGCUUCUUCGAGCAGCCAUAUAUCUUGACACUACAGUUGCUUGUAGGCUUGAUCUGGAGAGAAGAAUGGGUAUUCAACUUGACCAAGCUGUCUUGGACGAUCUCUUGAUCCCUUCAUACUCCUUCUCUGGUGACACCAUGUUUGAUGUCGAUACGGUUCAAAGGAUCUUGGUAACUUACUUAGAGAAAGAAGAAGAGGGAACUCAGUUAGAGAACCGGCUGGGUUACAAUACAGAUGAUGAUUAUGUCCCUCCUCUGACUAGUGAUUUGGAGAGGGUAGGAAGGCUUUAUGAGAACUAUCUUGCUGAAAUAGCAUCAGACCCCAACUUGAGUGUCUCUAAGUUCAUUGGGCUUGUCGAAUUGAUUCCUGAGCAAUCCAAGGCUAAUGAGGAUGGCAUCUAUAGAGCAAUAGAUAUCUAUUUAAAGGCGCAUGCUAGUUUGAUUGAGAUAGAGAGAAAGAAAGUUUGCAGUCUUAUGGAUUGCCAAAAGCUCUCGCGAGAAGCCUGCGCCCAUGCAGCUCAGAAUGAUAGGCUCCCUGUUCAGACUGUUGUUCAGGUUCUCUACUAUGAGCAACAAAGCCUACGCGAUGCAAUGAAUGGUAAUCUCACGGAAAAAGAAGAAUGGCUUUCUCAAUCUCACAAAGCAAAUGCACACUCCAAAGAUCUUUCCCCACAUAAUGAGCUGUUGUUGCUGAGGAGAGAAAACGAAGAUUUGAAAUUAGAGAUGGUGAAGCUGAGGAUGCGGCUUAAAGAGCUUGAAAAGCUUGAAAAGCCUCCAAACCGAGCCAACAAGCCUCCAUUGCCAAAAAAAUCAUUACUAAACUCUAUGUCAAAGAAGUUGGGUAAGCUGUAUCCCUUCGUUCGUGCCGAUGGGCCUUCUCCUAGGAAGGCUCAAAUGAAGCCCAACAAAGAUAGAAGGCAUUCCAUCUCAUGAAUCAUUAUGCUUGGGCUUCUAUGUAUGGUCCCAAUGAGCUAAUCUAAGCUCACGUCUUGUCCAAGACUAUUACAGUUAACAGUUAUGGUCCUUUCUAGAAUUGAGCUGCUCUAGUUUGAGGUCUGUUGUGGUUUUGUAUUCACUUGUUCGUCCAAGUAGAUACUCCUGUAAAUUAUUUUAGUUUUCCUUGUGUUGUAGUGAGUCACUUCAAUGCCCCCAAGAGUUUCAGUCUGUCUGUUGUAGAGAAAUGGGUUUCUAUGCUUUCUGGUUCUCCUGUAUUGAUGUAUUUUGUUGAUUUUCAGGAGGUUUGUCCUGUCAUUUUCUUAUCGAAUGCUUAGUGGGAAUAUGUAGUUCCUAUGUAAUGGAUGUAAUGAAAAAAGAACUCCCCCAAACAUAUUUCUGGGAAAAUAUUGAGUUGUAAUAAAUGAAGAACAUGAACAGCACAAUCA